GUAUGUCUGCUAAGAAGGUGUUCCCAUGUUUAUGAGAAUCCCUCUUUAUCUGAUAAGAUUUCAAUCAUAAAAAUGUUUCCGGUGCGAUUACUUCAGAUUUUUUAAUAUAUAUAUUUUUUUUAAAGACAAGAGUGCCACUGCCAUUUUUUACAACAUGAAGAGGGAAACGUUUAUAUGUGUUCUGUUUUUAGGUGAGAAAUCAUAUCCUGUAUGUGUAUGGUUAGACAAUAUUGCAUUAUGCUAUCUCUUCUCUAAUCUACAGAUAGCGUUCCAACGUUUCAUGAUUGUGUGUUGCGUUCUGUUAUACGGCUUUGAAAACAUUAAUAUGUUUAAAAAUUUGGCUCAUUUACUUUGCAAUACGUAACAAAGGACUGAGAAUUUAAUACAAAGAAAACGAUACCAAAGUAGUGAUACUAAAAAUUUUCAUUUUAAUUAUAACUUUAAAUUUCUAGACAAAUACAAAUACAAUUAUCUAUCUAUCUAUUUAAAAAAAAAAUCAACUUACAGCGCCGCAAGAAAUAAUGUAAAAACCUGGAAGGAUACAAAAAUUAAUUUACACAUUCAAGUAGACAGGAAUCUUGCAAUUAAAUAACGUCUAGUAAAUGUCUAGGAAUAUUAGCAACAAUCUCUCCUGUCCAGAAAGGCUGCUAGUCUUUAUAUAUAUAUCAGACCCAUCUAGAAAAUAAAUUCGAUAAAAUUCGAUAAAUGUUGUCCCCUGAUAACCUUCAUUGGAAGCCAAAGUACGGAAUUGAAAGUAACCAACUUUUUCCCAAUCAAGGGAGGGGUGUGAAAAAAAGUAGUUGCAAUCAGUGACGUCAAUAUUAGAACAAAGGGGAGACAAGUGGUGGUGGCCACAACGCUAAAAUUAGGCCUUCACACAUGCCAGGACUCUGUGUAACUUUAAAAGUUGUCACCUAAUUGUAGGAACAUAACAUUUGCAAAGAUCCACGAUAAGACGUUGCGAAUACUAACGCUGUGCAAUUUAAAUAUGUUUAUCAGUUACAAAAUCUCAUUUAAGGUAGGGACGUAUUUUUCCCUCCUGCACAAUUCAAUUGAAGAAAUUUGAUAAUCUAAAUACCAUAGCGAUCACAAAAAAAACUGAUUGCUGUCAUGUGGUAUGAGAGUGUUGUAUGAUAUGUUUGUUUCUGUAUAAAUGUGUGUUGUGUGGUAUGUUUGUUGCAAUAGGGUGUACUAUAUGUUUGUUACAGUGGAACUGUGUAUUGUAUUAUAUGUUUCUUACAGUAGGAAUGUGUGUUGUAUAAUAUGUAUGUUCCACAAGGACUGCUUGCUGUAUGAUAAUUCUAUUUCACCAAGACUGUGUUGUAUGCUAUUUAUGAUCCACUAGGCCUGUAUGUUCCAUGAUAUUUUUAUUUCACCAGGUCUCUGUGCUGUAUGAUAUUUCUGUUCCAACAAGACUGGGUGUAUGAUAUUUUUGCUGUAUGAUAUAAUUAAUCGGUUCCGUUAGGAAAUGUGUUGAUAUUUCUAUUUCUGUAUAAGUUUUCUUUCCCACCCAAAUGGUGUGUUGUAUAAUAUUUCUUUUCCACCAUGACUGUUAGUAUGAUAUAUCUGUUCCACCAGCAGUUUUUGUAUGAUAUGUAACUUCCAACAUGACUCUGUGUUAUUUGAUAUUUCUGUUCCACCAGGUUGGUGUGUAGCUCAGCCGCAUGCAGGCCUGGAUCCAGUGUCCAUCGAGUGCUUCCAUUGUGACACUCACGCUCGUCAUUUCCCAGCAUGCCUCAGUGAGCCGGUUAGGUGUCACGCAGACGAGGUAGGGUUGAAAUUUGGUCAAGGAUUUUUAAAUAAUCUUUUUUUCUAAAUUACAUAAUUUAAAAAAAAAAAAUACCCUGCUAUCAUAUUUCUUUAUGAGGAUUAUGAUAAUAAAUAUUGUAUUUUAUAAUAGAGAUUAAGUAAUCAAGUCAAAAACUACUUUCAAAAAAGCAUGAUAUUUGUGCUUUAAGAAUUAAUCUCUACUUUAUUAUUUAAAAUGAUAUAUUAAAAACAUAUUAAAUAUCAGUUGAAAAUAUAAACUACUUUAGUCAAAUAAGGUCCUUCGGCUGAGAUGACGCAAACGACAUAGUAAACAAAAAAGUGUUCCCAAAUACGCAUUUUAUGUAAACACUGUGGAGGUUUGAUUUCAGCCAUCGCUGCCUACUGUUGUAUUUGACCUAUAGUUUGCUUUCAACAACGUUUUAAACUACCAAGACGUAAAUAAAAGACAUAAAAUUAAUUCACUGUGUGUAAAAUACUUUGUAGAAAUACGCAACUGGCUGAUAAAUCUUUUUUUAAAGACGCAUUUAGAAAUAUUUAUUAACACAACAAUGUAUUUUUCUAUGACUUCACUUCCAUUUUCGUAAAGUUCCACAACAAUCUUCCCGUUACACCAUUGCAGGUAUGCUCUAUCGCCUAUGGCAAUGACCUGCCUUCUUUAAAGUGCCAGAAAUCACCCGUAAGUAUGAAUACAUGGAAAGGAAGAUUAUAAAAUUAAUUACAAUCUGAUGCUAAGAUCGGAGUAUCUGCGCAAUGUCUCCGUGCGAAAAUUUUUAUCCAAGCCAAUUUAAUGUUUCGUAUUCUACAUGUGUUUCAAGUAAAUUUGACAGGUAAUAUUGCUUUAUUAUAACUUAAAACAAUAUGCAUUAAUUUAUAAAAUGUUUCAGUUCUUUGUACUUUGAUUCCCUAAAAAAUGGGCUCAUAGUUUAUUAAUCUCUUUAUAUUUUACAAGACUUCCCUGAUUUAGAAUUGAAUCCUACGUUCUUACAAAGAUUGUUUUUUGCUUAAAAUAAUUUUUCGUUUGUUUAUUGUUUACCUGAAAAGUAAAUUAAAAGCCCGUAAUUUUAUAAAAGCUUUCAUGUAGCUUCCUAGGUUGAUCGUAUUUCUUUCUCCCCCAUAAAAGGAUUGUGACCGUGAGGUGACCCAUCACGUGGCCCCAUGUGAAGGGGGCGGCGUGGAGAUCCACCCCAACCAAUGUCAGCUCUGCUGCAAAACAUCGGCAUGUGUCCAGGAGAUCAAUCGAUUCCUUCAACAAAAACUCCCAAGUUUGUCUAUAAUUACAAAUGUUUAAAAAACUCCCAAUUUGUCAAUAAUUACAAAUGAAACAGAAACUCCCAAGUCUUUCUAUAUUUACAAAUGAAACAGAAACUCCCAAGUCUUUCUAAAUUAACAAAUGAAACAGAAACUCCCAAGUCUUUCUAUAUUUACAAAUGAAACAGAAAUUCCCAAGUCUUGCUGUAUUAACAAAUGAAACAUAAAUUCCCAAGUCUUGCUGUAUUAACAAAUGAAACAGAAACUCCCAAGUCUUGCUGUAUUAACAAAUGAAACAGAAACUCCCAAGUCUUGCUGUAUCAACAAAUGAAACCGAAACUCCCAAGUCUUGCUGUAUUAACAAAUGAAACAGAAAAUCCCAAGUCUUGCUGUAUUAACAAAUGAAACAGAAACUACCAAGUCUUGCUGUAUUAACAAAUGAAACAGAAACUCCCAAGUCUUUCUAUAUUAACAAAUGAAACAGAAACUCCCAAGUCUUUCUAUAUUAACAAAUGAAACAGAAACUCCCAAGUCUUUCUAAAUUAAAAAAUGAAACAGAAACUCCCAAGACUUUCUAUAUUUACAAAUGAAACAGAAACAACCAAGUCUUGCUGUAUUAACAAAUGAAACAGAAACUCCCAAGUCUUGCUGUAUUAACAAAUGAAACAGAAACUCCCAAGUCUUGCUGUAUUAACAAAUGAAACAGAAACUCCCAAAUCUUUCUAUAUUAACAAAUGAAACAUAAACUCCCAAGUCUUUCUAUAUUAACAAAUGAAACAGAAACUCCCAAAUCUUUCUAUAUUUACAAAUGAAACAGAAAUCACCAAGUCUUGCUGUAUUAACAAAUGAAACAGAAACUCUCAAGUCUGUAUAUAUUAACAAAUAAAACUAAAACUCUCAAGUCUGUAUUAAAUAUUAACAAAUGAAACUAAAACUCUCAAGUCUUUCUAUAUUAACAAAUGAAACAGAAACUCCCAAGUCUUUCUAUAUUAACAAAUGAAACAGAAAUUCCCAAGUCUUUCUAUAUUAACAAAUGAAACAGAAACUCCCAAGUCUUUCUAAAUUAAAAAAUGAAACAGAAACUCCCAAGACUUUCUAUAUUUACAAAUGAAACAGAAACAACCAAGUCUUGCUGUAUUAACAAAUGAAACAGAAACUCCCAAGUCUUGCUGUAUUAACAAAUGAAACAGAAACUCCCAAGUCUUGCUGUAUUAACAAAUGAAACAGAAACUCCCAAAUCUUUCUAUAUUAACAAAUGAAACAUAAACUCCCAAGUCUUUCUAUAUUAACAAAUGAAACAGAAACUCCCAAAUCUUUCUAUAUUUACAAAUGAAACAGAAAUCACCAAGUCUUGCUGUAUUAACAAAUGAAACAUAAACUCCCAAGUCUUUCUAAAUUAAAAAAUGAAACAGAAACUCCCAAGUCUUUCUAUAUUUACAAAUGAAACAGAAACAACCAAGUCUUGCUGUAUUAACAAAUGAAACAGAAACUUCCAAGUCUUUCUAUAUUAACAAAUGAAACAUAAACUCCCAAGUCUUUCUAUAUUAACAAAUGAAACAUAAACUCCCAAGUCUUUCUAUAUUUACAAAUGAAACAGAAACCACCAAGUCUUACUGUAUUAACAAAUGAAACAGAAAUUCCCAAGUCUUUCUAUAUUAACAAAUGAAACAAAAACUCCCAAGUCUUGCUGUAUUAACAAAUGAAACAGAAACUCUCAAGUCUGUAUAUAUUAACAAAUAAAACUAAAACUCUCAAGUCUGUAUUAAAUAUUAACAAAUGAAACUAAAACUCUCAAGUCUGUAUUAAAUAUUAACACAUAAAACUAAAACUAUCAAGUCUGUAUUAAAUAUUAACAAAUGAAACUAAAACUCUCAAAUCUUUCUAUAUUAACAAAUGAAACAGAAACUCUCAAGUCUGUAUAUAUUAACAAAUAAAACUAAAACUCCCAAGUCUUUCUAUAUUAACAAAUGAAACAUAAACUCCCAAGUCUUGCUGUAUUGACAAAUGAAACAGAAACUCCCAAGUCUUGCUAUAUUAACAAAUGAAACAGAAACUCCCAUGUCUUUCUAUAUUAACAAAUGAAACAUAAACUGCAAGUCUUUCUAUAUUAACAAAUGAAACAGAAACUCCCAAGUCUUUCUAUAUUUACAAAUGAACCAGAAACAACCAAGUCUUGCUGUAUUAACAAAUGAAACAGAAACUCCCAAGUCUUGCUGUAUUAACAAAUGAAACAGAAACUCCCAAGUCUUUGUAUAUUAACAAAUGAAACAUAAACUCCCAUGUCUUUCUAUAUUAACAAUAAAUGAAACAGAAACUCCCAGGUCUUUCUAUAUUUACAAAUGAAACAGAAACAACCAAGUCUUGCUGUAUUAACAAAUGAAACAGAAAUUCCCAAGUCUUUCUAUAUUAACAAAUGAAACAGAAACUUCCAAGUCUUGCUGUUUUAACAAAUGAAACAGAAACUGUCAAGUCUUUCUACAUUAACAAAUGAAACAGAAACUCUCAAGUCUGUAUAUAUUAACAAAUAAAACUAAAACUCUCAAGUCUGUAUUAAAUAUUAACAAAUGAAACUAAAACUCUCAAGUCUGUAUAUAUUAACAAAUAAAACUAAAACUCUCAAGACUGCAUAUAUUAACAAAUGAAACAGAAACUCUCAAGUCUGUAUUAAAUAUUAACAAAUGAAACUAAAACUCUCAAGUCUGUAUUAAAUAUUAACACAUAAAACUAAAACUAUCAAGUCUGUAUUAAAUAUUAACAAAUGAAACUAAAACUCUCAAAUCUUUCUAUAUUAACAAAUGAAACAGAAACUCUCAAAUCUUUCUAUAUUAACAAAUAAAACUAAAACUCCCAAGUCUUUCUAUAUUAACAAAUGAAACAUAAACUCCCAAGUCUUGCUGUAUUGACAAAUGAAACAGAAACUCCCAAGUCUUGCUGUAUUAACAAAUGAAACAGAAACUCCCAAGUCUUUCUAUAUUAACAAAUGAAACAUAAACUGCAAAUCUUUCUAUAUUAACAAAGGAAACAGAAACUCCCAAGUCUUUCUAUAUUUACAAAUGAACCAGAAACAACCAAGUCUUGCUGUAUUAACAAAUGAAACAGAAACUCUCAAGUCUUUCUACAUUAACAAAUGAAACAGAAACUCUCAAGUCUUUCUACAUUAACAAAUGAAACAGAAACUCUCAAGUCUGUAUAUAUUAACAAAUAAAACUAAAACUCUCAAGUCUGUAUUAAAUAUUAAAAAAUGAAACAGAAACUCUCAAGUCUGUAUUAAAUAUUAACAAAUGAAACUAAAACUCUCAAGUCUGUAUUAAAUAUUAACAAAUGAAACUAGAACUCUCAAGUCUGUAUAUAUUAACAAAUGAAAUAAAAUUUUCCAAAUUUACAUUAGCACAUGAGACAAAAACCAACAAGUGUGUCUAUAUUUAAAAAUUAUACCAACGAGAAGGGUGUUCUUCUUCUAGCCUGCAAUGAUACUUUCUACCUCAUUAAAUUUUAGUAUGCUCAUGCAUGUCUCACAACCCUUCUCUAGCGGCGAAACCUACUGCAGACCUGUUUACCCCUGGGUUAGUGUCAGAGCUUUUCUUCAGCUCUUAAAAAAACAUAGCUCAAGUUCCAAGUUUGGUCAAUUGUGGGUUUUGGGAAAAAAUUGUGUUUGUUUGUUUCCUUGUCUGUUUUUGUUUUCCUUAUAUACAAUAGUAAAAGUAGAUUGACACAUAUUUUUUUCAAAUUCGAUUUGACUUCAGCCGUCAAUGCGGCGAAUCAAGGAGUCUUCUGUCCGGGGACAUGUCGAGAGACGGACAUCGCCACAUGCGUUCACACGGCGACAUACUGUCACGCAGAUCAGGUGGGUGGGACAGGUGAAUGGCAUGAAGAAACCAUCACAUUUCAAUCCACACAAAUUGGUGGUGUUGCUAUUCAUUUUAACAAACGCUCCAUUUCCUUUUUUAGAAUCCUUUACACUAACGCUGCUUUGGUGUGCUUCUCUCUGGCUGGGAGUGGCAAAAUAUUCGGAUGGCCAAUCGACCUACUUUCCGUCAACCUAUCGAGCCGACACCUGGCACGUGGACUCGUUGCCGAUAGCAACACAUUCUAUUUAAUUUGUUUAAUUAUUGAGAUUAUUUUAUCUUAAUUAAUCGUGAUUAUUAAGUCUUAGUGCUGUUAAAUAUUUCAUAUUCACAACAAGAUGUGUUGAAACUUGACAAACGAUAUCUGAGGACAUCACGCAGAUUUUGACCGUACUAACCCCUCCUUGUAAGAAAUAACGAAAAACAAGAUAAUUAGAAGAAGAAAAAAACAAAAGACAGUUAACUAAAAUUACUAGACAUGAGCCUUGUAGGAGACGUUGCCAAGAAUGUUUAUAUUAUCCUAUAAUAUUUUAUUCUGCACGUCCAUGGGCAGAACUUGACUUUUUUAUGUUUCAAAGAGCUUCUCUGCUAAACUCUACACGUACACAUAACAAUGGCAAAAUAUAAACUGAUGAAUGGAGGUAUUGCCUGCUAACUAUUUAACAGUACGAAUAAGGCAUUAACAUUUUACGUAAAAUCAUAAAAAAAUAUUCCACCGAAAUGAGUUACAUGAAUAAUAAGAUUAAAAAAAAAAUAAUUAUAAAAUAAAGAAAUAAAUAUAAUUAUAAUUCUUUUACAAAUACAACAUUUUCAACUGCUGUUGUAUUGUUGUUAACAGUUCUGUAGGGUUGGCAUCAAUGACCAGUUGAUGGUAGCCGGGCACUGUCAAAACAAACACGAUCUUCAGGUAGGAUGGUAAACAGAUACGGAUACCAUUAUUGCUGGUAUAGUUUUGAAAGUUAGAGGAACAUAUUCGGACUUCCGGUUUUAAGUAACAUCGCUUUAAAAAAAAAAAAAUUUUAAAAAUAUUCAACAGAAAACAAAAUUUACAAAGAAAAUAAGAAGUUGUCAAAAAUAUGCGAACAGUUUUGCUUUUUAAACAAGGAAAACCAAGUGUGUUACGAUGAGCUAGAUGGUCAUUUUCUUAAAACGCUAAAAUUCCCAGAAAUGCCACGAUGAUCAGGCGAGACACCCGUGUGCCCUAGCCGUCAGUCAACCUGGACACCAGGCUGUGUGUACAUGGGACUGCUGUCAGACUACGGAUUGCCUGACUGCGCACUUUGGCGCGUAUAUGGGUAAAAAAAAAAAAAAACAACAACGUGCGACCGCCCUGUCUCACAGACAUCACUUAUAGUUUUGAGUUAUGUUGAAUUAAUUUUAACUGUUUCUCCAAAAUUAUAAUAUUUCUCCGUUUUAAAACUCUGAUAGGAGUAGAAGUGAAGUUUAAUCUCGAAAAACUGUCGAAUGGUUUGUGAUUUAAACACUUCCUUUCAUUAGUGUUCCUACUUCUCAACACUUUUUCUGUAAAUAAUAGGACUUAUGGAUUUUAUUUAAGUUUUUUAUUUUAAAUAUAUAUAAAUAUAAAUAUAUAUAUAUAUAUAUAUAUAUAUAUAUAUAUAUAUAUAUAUAUAUAUAUAUAUAUUUAUAUAUAUAUAUAUAUAUAUAUAUAUAUAUAUAUAUAUAUAUAUAUAUAUAUAUAUAUAGAUAUAUAGAUAUAUAUAUAUAUAUAUAUAUAUAUAUAUAUAUAUAUAUGUAUAAAUUAAAAAUAAUACAAGAUUUUCUUAAACUUUAAUAGUAAAUAGUAUAGGUUUCGUAGAGUAAUCUUUGAAAUCCGCCAUUAAAAAAUUGAUACUUGUAUAAUUUUUAAUGGUACCACCAGUAGCUUUACAACAAACUGAACCUCAGAAUAUAUUAAAUACAUUUUUAUUUGGUCAUCAUUCCAUUUUUUAUUGUUCCAUUAAAAAUGUGAUGUCGAAUCACAGGAAAGAUAUUAACAUAUGAUGAACACAAUUAAUGUUGUUGUUGAUCCGUUGCGCAAGCGUUUACCGCUGCCAGAUACAGUGGUCGCCAAAAGUAGUCGUACAGAAACUUACAGCAUCUUGAACGCGACCUUGUGUUCGUCAACCGUAUGUGGCUUAAUUAAGACGGCGCGUGUCCCUUGAGGCUUUUAAUGAAGUUGUGCUGGGCUGUCGCUGUUGGAAAUGGGUCUCUCGACCGAUUAAAAAAACAUCAAUCGUUAAGCAUUGUUUUCUCUCGUAGGUAAGGAAUUAAGUAAUUGUGAAAAUGGUGGGGGGGGGGGGCAUGUUUUUGAAUAAAUGUGACAGGGAUUUUCUAAAAGAACUAGAAAUUUACAAAACGGAACCAAGUCAGAAAUGUAUAGUGUCUUUUGUUACGAAAUGUCCCCAUUUUGGAAAGUGUAUUUUGGAAGAGGAAGCACAACGCUUAACGGAGCCAGAUGUGUGAGCCAGAUGUGUGAGCCAGAUGUGUGAGCCAGAUGUGUGAGCCAGAUGUGUGAGCCAGAUGUGUGAGCCAGAUGUGUGAGCCAGAUGUGUGAGCCAGAUGUGUGAGCCAGAUGUGUGAGCCAUAUGUGUGAGCCAGAUGUGUGAGCCAGAUGUGUGAGCCAGAUGUGUGAGCCAGAUGUGUGAUCCAGAUAUUUGAUAAAAACGUGUAACCCAUGUAUGUGAGCCAGGUCUUUGAGCCAUAUGUGUGAGCUAGAUGUAUAAGUUACAUGUGUGAGUUAGAUGUGAUUGUUAGAUGUGUCAGUUAGAUGUGUGAGCCAGAUGUGUGAGUCAGAUGUGUGAGCCAGUUGUGUGAGUUAGAUUUGUGAGCCAGAUGUGUGAGCCAGACAUGUGAGCCAGGUGUUUUAGCCAGUUGUGUGAGCUAGAGCUAUGAGCCAGAUGUGUGAGCCAGAUGUACGAGCCAGAUGUGGGAGCCAGAACUGUGAGCCAGAUGGUGAAACAAGAACUGUGAACAUGAUCUGUCGGUCAGAUCUGUGAGCCAGUAUGAUGCAAUGUGGAAAAUUCUGGCCAUGGUGUACGAGGAUACAAUUUUUAAAGGAAUAGGCGAAUCUCCGAAGAAAGCUGCAUAAACUUCAAAAUCGAUCAGACGUUCCCUUCUCUUAACAAGGACCUUUCUAUGACCGUUUUAGUUGAUGCCUUUUUCUUUUUUUUUUAAAUAUCUGAAUUUGUAUUCAAAUAAUAUCAAAAUUUACAUAUGAGUGAAAAUAUUGCUCAAGUAUAAAUAUAUAUUUUUUCCUACGCGGAGAGACCGAUUAACAAACAAUGACCUAUAUGUAAUCGUUUUCAUUUUUAUGGUCACGUGACAGUUGGAGCUACGCACGGUUGACAAACGCAGCUGCGUGCUCUAGGUGUCUGAAUGUCAGUUCUGUCAGUUUUUGCUGCUACCUGUACGUUAACGCAGCACUUGCUCUUUUUUACAGGCAUCAGUACGAUUAGCCACACGGCUUCACCGACGCAAACACCGCCUCCAGCCGUUACACAAGCCCCCGCUACGACACCGGCCCCAGCUACCACGCUAGCUCCAGCUGCUACGCCAGCUCAUGUGGCACUGACACGUGAGUACGGUAUCAUGUCGUCUUGCAUUGUAUUCUCGGCGACGUCGGCACAAUCUAGGUUUGGCAAAAGAUGUCAUGACAUUGCGUUCAUUUUUAACUCUUCAAAGAAUCUUGUGGCGAACACAUUUAACGUUACCACCAGUGACCUAUUCAUUACACUGAAUGAGCUGUUUAAAUUACCAUCUGUUUAAAUUACCAUAUUUAUUUUUAUGAACAAAUCCGUUUGUUUUAAGAAAUAUAAUCAUUUUGUAAAUAAACAUAACAGUCACAGUAACAGUAGCUGUAACAGUUGCACUAAUAGUAGCAGUAACAGCAACAGUAGCAGUAACCUUAGCUUCAACAGUGACAGUACGUUUGUAUUACCUGUGUUAAAAAUCUGAACUAUUGAGUUACUCUCAUCCACUGUUAAUGGCCAAAUGUAUUCUGCUUAUUUGAACAUAACCACUUCCAGACUUUGAUUUCCAAAUACAUUAUUGAAAAGAAAGCAACUUUUAGAACACAUUGCGGUGUAUCGUUUGUUCUUUAAUGAAGGUAUUUUAUCCUAUUUCGACUUAUUUACGUAAACUUUUGGAGUAUAGCAUUAAUAAAGAAAAUAUCGCUUUUAUACAAUUCCUAAGUAAUAAAUAUUAGUAUGUGUUACAUCUACAAGCGUUUACUCUUUUUCAGACUUCGUGAAUAGUUACGAAGAUCAAAUAUAAACGCGUUAAAAAAGUCCGUCAUUAAAUGGAAAAAAUAUUUUCUAAACAAUUGGAUUAGAAUGUGUUCAUCAUCAACAAAACCCUUUUUGAGAAGAGCAUUACGAUUAUAUUGUCAAAAGAGCCAAACUGCUCAUCUGCCUGAGUUCACAUUCAUUCACAUCAUGACUAUUCACUUCCCAUCUUCAUGUUUUCACACUAACAGGCUUAUUCUUCACUGCUCGUCUGACUUGGUUCACACUAACUUACUGACUAUUCACUUGUCAUAUGCCUCGGUUCACACUAGCAGGAUGACAAUUCACUUCACAUCUGUCUGGCUUCAAAUUAACUUGCGGACGAAUCACUUCUCAUCUGUCUGAGCUCACAAUGAAAAUGCUGACUAUUCUUGCUCCCCUCUCUGUAUUAGAACUGACUAUUCACUGCUCGUCUGUUUGGGCACACACUAACUUGCUGACUUUUCACCUCUGGUGUGACUUAACUUGCUGAAUAAUCACUGCUCAUCUGUUAGCGCUCACACUAACUUGCUGAAUCAUCACUGCUCAUCUGCCUUUGGUCACACUACUUUGUUCACACUAGCAAGCCGUCUUUUCACAUCUCAUCUGCCUGGCUUCACAUCAACCUGUUGACUAUUCACAGCACAUCCUGUCAAUUGUACCAAAUGUGACCAGUACUGUAGAAGUAAUGAGAUGGAAGUCACGUGUCCCGAUGGAUUCUGCUCCCUGACCGUGGAAGACGGUGUCGGUGGCAGCAGAACGAUUAAAAAAGGGUAAGACUAAAGUAUGUAGUGUCUUCGUGUAAAAUGCUUGCUACCAUCUACCAAGCACGGACAUAGCUGACGUACACAUUCUAAGAUGAAAAGGUAAUUAUCAGCUCCCUGCAAUGUUGCUGAAGUUGCUUCCCUCUGAACAAACCCCUUCUUUUAAACGGGUCAUUUCCUCUGUCAGUUCUGGCUUGCUUUUUUAAAAAAAAAGAAAAAAUUAUUACAAACUUUGAAGGUGUCUUUGUUCGUUUCCCUCUUUAUUUCGUCUUGUUCAGCAUUAGUCAUUCCUUUAACCCCAGAGGUCCAAGGCCCCUAUCCCGUGCGUACUACAGAGAACCAUCGCUGUCUACGGACAAUGCAAGGACAUUUAGUGGUCUCUAUGCUGGCUGUGCUUAGAGUCCCAAAGACAUUAAUACAUUCAGUCAUCAGGGCUAUGGAAAUUUAGAGUUUGAAAACACGAGACUUAUUUUAGAACUCACAGUAGCAGUCGCAGAAUUACUAAAAAUAAACCUUGACGGAGUACAAAAAAAAAUAAAAGAAAAUGUCAAGGAUCCCAAUAAUUUAAAAUCAUUGAAAUUAUAAAUAUUGAAGACAUAAUUCAUUUUAAGUUUGUCCAGUUAAAGUAAUCUGUAUGGAAUGCUUGCUUAUCUUUUGUCUAACCUCUGAACGUCGAGUUUCACAUACCUUUAUUUUUAUCCAAAAUAUAUUUUAAGAACAUUUUUGUAGGCCGAGGAAGACACACACACACACACACACACACAUUCAUUAACACAGCCAGAUAAACGUUUCGGAGGCCUGGCGAGACAAGCCAAGAAAUCUAAAGUUGACCAUUUACCACAGUAAACCCAUGCGAAUGAAUACAAAUGACUUUUGCUUUUUCAGCCAAAACAAGCUAAAACCGUGAAAGUUUGACAAAUGAUUUCUUUGGCGAAUGCGAAUUUGUCCAUUUUAAAACUAUGCUUCGAAGUUAAAUAUCUUUCCAGCGCACUUCCAAUGGAGAGAAGCAAUCAAUGUUGUCUGGAAGUCAGGCGUGUGAAGCUUUCCGACAGGCUGCUCAAAAUAGUUUCAUUUGCCAACCUGUUCUGGCUACCUGUUGACCUCAAGGAAAAGUUUUUAACAAUUAUUAAAUAACCGAGCGAUCUUUCUCCACUGCAAACCUCUUCCUAAUCCAGCAUUAAGUAAAUUCGCAGGGCAGUACAACCGACGUGACAUUCCAUCUUGCAGUUUACAUUAAAUUGAGCUCUUCUUUUGAGCAGUGACUAGCAACAGCUCUAGCUGGUUCACAUCGAUGAAAGUUUCUUUUUUUUUCUUUUUUUUUAAAGAAAAAAAGAAUGUCAUUUGUAUAAAGUUGUUGUAAAAUUCGUCGAUCCAUUUCAAAACUGGCUUUUAAUAUUUAUUUGGCCUAAACCGGCAGGAUGGCAUCAACUAUGACAAACAAGUUUCAAUCUUAAAACGUUACUUGUCUGUCAAAACAAGAAUUGGUUCAUUAAUGUAAUGUGUCUCACGUUCAAAAUUAUUUGUGCUGUAGCUUGAAAUGACCAAGUUUUAAAACUAACAAAACAUUAACGUUUCACAAGGUGCUUAAACAAAGACAUGUGCACGAUGUUCUGGACGGAAUGGAACACAAAUCAGCUGUGCCACGGCAUUCUUGGAAAUCCCGCAACGACAUCGAAUCAGGACGUGUCUUGUACAUUUUGCUGCACGGGAGACAACUGUAACGCCGACUUGACCAAAAUGAGCGUUUUCAACAGUGUCUAAAAUAGCCUCUAUUUAUAUGAUCUGAUCUAGCAUAAGAAUUUCGUGGGAUAUCAAGUACAAGACUUCAAUGAGAAUCUUUUUUUUCUUCUUUUAAUGGAUGUACCGUAAUAGAUAACCAAUGCAAAAAAAUCGAAAGAAGAAAAACACAUCUCUUGCCUGAA